GGAUUGGUCGCGCGCCUUCUUGCGGCUAAGAUGGCGGCUGAGCAUCCCGAGGCUCCAAAAGGGGAGUUGCAGCUGCCGCCGCCGCCGCCUCCUGGACAUUAUGGCGCCUGGGCGGCCCAGGAACUACAAGCUAAGUUGGCAGAGAUCGGAGCUCCGAUCCAGGCAGGGAGUCGCGAGGAGCUGGUAGAACGGCUGCAGACCUACACUCGCCAGACUGGCAUCGUGCUCAACCGGCCCGUCCUGAGAGGUGAAGAUGGGGACAAAGCUGCUCCUCCCAUGUCAGCGCAGCUCCCUGGGAUUCCCAUGCCGCCGCCACCUAUGGGGCUCCCUCCACUGCAGCCUCCUCCUCCACCGCCGCCGCCACCACCAGGCCUUGGCCUUGGCUUUCCUAUGGCAGUUGGCCCCCGCCCACCAAACUUGGGCCCCCCACCUCCUCUCCGGGUGGGCGAGCCUGUGGCAUUGUCCGAGGAGGAGCGGCUGAAGCUGGCCCAGCAGCAGGCAGCAUUGCUGAUGCAGCAAGAGGAGCGUGCCAAGCAGGCAGCUGUGUUACUGGAACAGGAACGGCAACAGGAGAUCGCCAAGAUGGGUACCCCAGUCCCUCGGCCUCCUCAAGACAUGGGUCAGAUUGGUGUUCGCACCCCCCUGGGUCCUCGUGUGGCGGCUCCAGUGGGUCCCACUCCCACUGUUUUGCCCAUGGGGGCUCCGGUUCCCCGACCUCGUGGUCCCCCACCACCCCCUGGAGAUGAAAGCAGAGAGAUGGACGACCCCUCUGUGGGGCCCAAGAUUCCCCAGGCUUUGGAAAAGAUCCUGCAGCUGAAGGAGAGCCGCCAGGAAGAGAUGAACUCUCAGCAGGAGGAAGAGGAGAUGGAAACAGACACUCGCUCGUCCCUGGGCCAGUCAGCAUCGGAGACGGAGGAGGACACGGGGUCUGUGUCCAAAAAAGAGAAAAACCGGAAGCGUCGCAACCGAAAGAAGAAGAAAAAACCCCAGCGGGUACGGGGGGCAUCAUCUGAGAGCUCUGGGGACCGAGAGAAGGAGUCCACGCGACCUCGGGGCUCAGACUCCCCCGCUGCUGAUGUGGAAAUCGAGUAUGUGACUGAAGAGCCUGAGAUUUACGAGCCCAACUUCAUCUUCUUCAAGAGGAUAUUUGAGGCGUUCAAGCUCACCGACGACGUGAAGAAGGAGAAAGAGAAGGAGCCUGAGAAACUGGACAAGAUGGAGAACUCUGCAGCCCCCAAGAAGAAGGGCUUUGAGGAGGAGCACAAGGACAGCGACGACGACAGCAGUGACGACGAGCAGGAAAAGAAGCCAGAGGCCCCCAAACUGUCCAAGAAGAAGUUGCGCCGUAUGAAUCGUUUUACCGUGGCAGAACUAAAGCAGCUCGUGGCGCGGCCCGACGUCGUAGAGAUGCAUGAUGUGACAGCACAAGACCCCAAGCUCUUGGUUCACCUCAAGGCCACCCGGAACUCAGUGCCUGUGCCACGCCACUGGUGUUUUAAGCGCAAGUACCUGCAGGGCAAACGAGGCAUUGAGAAGCCCCCGUUCGAGCUGCCAGACUUCAUCAAGCGCACAGGCAUCCAGGAGAUGCGCGAGGCGCUGCAGGAGAAGGAAGAGCAGAAGACCAUGAAGUCCAAAAUGCGAGAGAAGGUUCGGCCUAAGAUGGGGAAGAUCGACAUCGACUACCAGAAGCUGCACGACGCCUUCUUCAAGUGGCAGACCAAACCCAAACUGACCAUCCACGGGGACCUGUACUAUGAGGGGAAGGAGUUUGAGACCCGACUGAAGGAGAAGAAGCCAGGAGAUCUGUCUGACGAGCUGAGGAUUUCCUUGGGGAUGCCAGUAGGCCCGAACGCCCACAAGGUGCCGCCCCCGUGGCUGAUCGCCAUGCAGCGCUAUGGCCCGCCCCCGUCCUACCCCAACCUGAAGAUCCCCGGGCUGAACUCGCCCAUCCCGGAGAGCUGUUCUUUUGGGUACCAUGCUGGCGGCUGGGGCAAACCACCCGUAGACGAGACCGGAAAACCGCUCUAUGGGGAUGUGUUUGGGACCAACGCCGCUGAGUUUCAGACCAAGACUGAGGAAGAAGAGAUUGAUCGGACCCCUUGGGGGGAGCUGGAGCCAUCUGAUGAAGAGUCUUCUGAAGAAGAGGAAGAGGAAGAGAGUGAUGAAGACAAGCCCGAUGAGACGGGCUUCGUUACCCCUGCAGACAGUGGCCUCAUCACUCCUGGAGGGUUCUCGUCAGUUCCAGCUGGAAUGGAGACCCCCGAACUCAUUGAGCUGAGGAAGAAGAAGAUUGAGGAGGCGAUGGACGGAAGUGAGACUCCUCAGCUGUUCACUGUGUUGCCAGAGAAGAGAACAGCCACCGUUGGGGGCGCCAUGAUGGGAUCAACCCACAUCUAUGACAUGUCCACGGUUAUGAGCCGCAAAGGGCCAGCCCCAGAGCUACAAGGGGUGGAGGUGGCCCUGGCACCGGAAGAGUUGGAGCUGGACCCCAUGGCCAUGACCCAGAAGUAUGAGGAGCAUGUGCGGGAGCAGCAGGCACAGGUGGAGAAGGAAGACUUCAGUGACAUGGUGGCUGAGCAUGCUGCGAAGCAGAAGCAAAAGAAACGAAAAGCUCAGCCCCAGGACAGCCGCGGGGGCAGCAAGAAAUAUAAGGAAUUCAAAUUUUAGGGCCCCUCCACACAUUGGUCCUUCUUUAGGCCCUUUGCCUGGACGCCUGGGCGUCACACUUGGUUCCCCAAGAGCCAGCCCUCCCACCGUUCCUACGGGCUUGUCAUUUCGUGUUCUUUUAGACCUGUUUUGUAAAUAAAGCUGUUUCCCAGGAAAGAGAUGA